AUGAACUUAUACUUCACUUUUUUUAUUGUUAGAGGGCCCAGUGUUAGCAAUGAUACAGUAAAUGACGAUCCCAUUGGAGGGAAUGUAAGCAAAUACAUUGUGCUUCCAAAUGGAUACUCCGGACAACCCAAGAAAGGACAUCUUACCUUUGAUGCUUGCUUUGAAAGUGGUAACCUUGGCCGGGUUGAGCAAGUCUCUGAGUUUGAGUAUGAUCUGUUCAUUAGACCGGAUACUUGUAAUCCUCGCUUCCGGGUCUGGUUCAACUUCACUGUUGAAAAUGUGAAAGAAUCACAGGUGAGGGGAAUGGUGGCUAUCUACCGUGUAACCUUAAGGGUUAUUUUCAAUAUUGUUAACUUCAGUAAAACCAAGAGUCUUUAUAGAGAUGGGAUGGCACCUAUGGUGAAAUCUACCAGCAGACCGAAAUGGCAAAGACUGCCACCUAAAAAUGUUUACUACUAUCGCUGCCCAGACCACAGGAAGAAUUAUGUGAUGUCCUUUGCAUUCUGCUUUGACCGAGAAGAUGAUAUGUACCAGUUUGCUUACUGCUACCCAUAUACAUAUACUCGUUUCCAGCAUUACCUUGACAACCUACAAAAAAGAAACAUGGAUUACUUCUUCCGGGAACAGCUUGGACAGAGUGUGCAACAGCGGCAGCUUGACCUCCUGACAAUAACCAGCCCUGAAAAUCUCCGAGAAGGGGCAGACAAGAAGGUGAUAUUCAUCACAGGACGAGUCCACCCAGGGGAAACACCAUCUUCGUUUGUGUGCCAAGGGAUCAUUGACUUCCUUGUCAGUCAGCAUCCAGUUGCCCGUGUCCUACGAGAACACUUGGUCUUCAAGAUUGCACCAAUGCUCAACCCUGAUGGAGUCUACCUGGGCAACUACAGGUGCUCCCUGAUGGGGUUUGACCUGAAUCGUCACUGGCUGGAUCCUUCUCCAUGGGCCCAUCCCACCCUGCAUGGAGUGAAGCAACUCAUCAUCAAGAUGUACAACGACCCAAAAAUCAGCCUGGAGUUCUAUAUUGACAUCCACGCGCACUCCACCAUGAUGAAUGGCUUCAUGUACGGCAACAUCUUCGAGGAUGAGGAACGCUUCCAAAGGCAGUCCAUUUUCCCAAAGCUCCUUUGCCAGAACGCAGAGGACUUCUCCUAUACUAGCACAUCCUUCAAUCGGGAUGCUGUGAAAGCAGGAACUGGCCGUCGCUUCCUUGGUGGGCUCCUGGAUCACACUUCCUAUUGCUAUACCCUAGAGGUUUCCUUCUACAGCUAUAUCAUUGGGGGCACGACAUCUGCUGUGCCCUACACUGAAGAAGCCUAUAUGAAGCUGGGGAGGAAUGUGGCAAGAACAUUUCUAGAUUAUUACCGCUUGAAUCCCUUGGUUGAGAAGAUUACGGUCCCCAUGCCAAGGCUUCGGAAAGAAAACCCCCCUCCUUACAAGCACCCAUCCCUGCGGGGCUCAACCAGCAAUGUCCCCGGCAGCAGAGGGGACAAGAAGAGCUCAAUGAACCACAAAGAUCCUUCAACCCCCUUUUAA